AUGAGUGAUAGUGGAAAUAGCAGUGUCAACAGUUCCGAACACAGUGGUAAUAGUCCCGGUGCUGGUAGCCGGUAUAGCGGCGGAUACAGUAGAGGAUAUUCGUCCAAGAGUUAUCACAGAGGAGGUGGUGGUAGAUAUGGAAACUAUAAAGACAACUCAUAUUCCUCUUACCACUAUAGAGGAGACUACUACUACGGUCCUUCGAGAUACUAUUCUACUAGAGGUGGAACCAGAGGCGGAGGACCUCAAUAUAAUCAUGCCUACACGGGGGACUACCAGAACCACAACAAUGGUAAUUACUACGGUGGUCGUAGGAGCCAUGAUGAUGGUAGGAGGUUUGGUGCGAAUCCUGGUGGUCGAUACUACAACGGCAGACACUCUGAACCUUGGGGAACAUCAUCAGAGCCUUCGGUGCCGCCUUCGCAGUAUAGUGGACCAUAUGGUAGUGGUAAUAAUACACCAGUGGAUUAUUACCGUCGUAAUCACAGCUCAGUAGCUGCUCCUACGACAGUUUCCGCUACGAAUACUAGCAGUGGUAGUAACACUGUCAAUAUACCACCUGUACAACAAGGGAACAACACACCAACAUCUUUUCCAUCUCCUCACGGUAUAUCAGUAGCUACUAUCAAGAGGAGAGUCGAUAAAGAUGAGUCUCCAUUUUACUAUUUGACAGAUUUAGAUAAAUCCUCUGAUGAUCCCAAAGAACUGGAAUCUAUACGACAGAUGUUCAAGGAAAGUGAUAGACUGGACAAACAGCUUGAAGAACACAACUUUAAUUUACUUAAGAAUGAGUUAGAAUUAGGACUGUUGGCUACGCAGUGUGAGAAAGAUAAAUUAAGUGUUCAAUUAACGCAAGAAAAACUGGAUACGUUUUUAAUGCAAAGUUGA